AUGGUUCGCAAGAUAGGUCGUCGGGCACGUAGCCCCUCCUCCACCUCUACCUCUUUACCUUCCUCCUAUGCGCACUCUGACCUUACUCAUCGACUGCUUUCCUCACUCGAAGCCCUCAACGACGGACCCUUCCCUUCGCUUGUCGUGUUUGAUCUGGACUACACGUUAUGGCCACUGUGGGUGGACACCCACGUUGAUCCUCCACUCUCACGGCGCGGUUCGGACCUAAACCGCGUCUACGAUCGCAAUGGCCAACCGCUGCAGUUCUUCCCGCACAUCCCUUCGAUCCUCUUCUGGCUCCAACGCCGUAACAUCCCCAUUGCAAUAGCAAGUCGAACAAGCGCACCCACCGCCGCACGUCAAGCCCUAAACGGCCUCCACCUCGUCAACGAUUCAAACAUCCUCACCAACGAUGAACCCAGGAUUGAAAGAGCAGCGGGGCUGUUUGAGUACGAACAGAUCUACCCCGGAAGCAAACUCACCCACUUCAAGAGAUUACAUCAGGACUCCGGGAUCGAGUAUGAGCACAUGCUGUUUUUCGACGACGAACAUCGCAAUGCCGAAGUGGGCAAGCUCGGGGUACACUUUGUACUCGUUGGUCAUUCGGGUACCGAUUUGGGUACCUUCGAAAAGGGGAUCCGCGAAUGGCGCGCCAAACACCAAGCCCGUGCCCAAUCCAACGCAACAGACUCCUAG